GACCGCCACGCAGCAGUUUUGAAAGGGUUUUCAAUUCUUUGUCGAUAUGCAGAGUUGCGGCAGAAGAGGCCUACCACCACCUCCGCCUGUCUCGUUUUUGUGUUCCUUUAUACCUCCGCUGCCUCGCAAUUCUGGGGGGCCCCCAGGGGCCCCUUGAGGGGCCCUUGGGGGCCCCUGAGGGGCCCCCGGGGGCUCUUCUAGGGGCCCCUGGGGGCCCCCAGGGGCCCCCUGAGGGGCCCCCAGGGGCCCCUGGGGGGCCCCCUGAAAGCCCUGAGGGGCCCCCAGAGGCCCUUGAGGGGCCCCUGGGGGCCCUCGGGGGCCCCCUGGGAGCACUUGGGGGGCCCCUGGGGGCCCUUGGGGAGACCGCUGAGGACCUGGGGGGCCCCUGGGGGCCCCCAAAAGACCCCACUUUGAGGCAGGAGUGGAUGCAGCUGCGGAUGUGCACCGCCUUCAACCUCUACAGCCUCUGGGCUUCUCAAGGGGCUCUGCCCCAGGCAAGGAAAGUCGCUAACGCCUACCUCCUCUGGGACUAA